UUGUUCAUUCAUAAAAGUUAUCGAAAAACUAGUAAAACGAUUACAAAUGUUUGGAUAUCAAUCAUCUAGCCAACAGAACAAACAAUAUUAAUUAUUUUUUUAAGAUUUAACUACAUUUAUCUUAUUAAAAAUAUAAAAGCGUUUACAAUAACUUCGAAAAAUCGAAAAUAUUGGGAAAAUGACGCAAAUGACACAAGAUGAAAUAAUUAGUAAUACUAAAACAGUUUUACAAGGCCUGGAGGCACUUCGCGUGGAACAUGCAUCUCUUAUGUCAGGAAUUAGUGAAAUAAAUAAAGAAGAUGAAAAAUCAUAUAUUAUUAAAAAAAACAUUGAACAUAUUGACCUUGGUUUGAGUGAGGCCCAAGUGAUGAUGGCAUUAGCAUCACAUCUUCAAAAUAUUGAAGCUGAAAAACAAAAGCUUAAAACACAAGUUCGUAGAUUGCAUCAAGAAAAUGCUUGGUUAAGAGAUGAAUUAGCCAAUACACAGCAAAAGUUUCAAGCUUCUGAGCAAUUAGUUGCACAGUUAGAAGAAGAAAAGAAACAUUUGGAAUUUAUGACAUCUGUAAAAAAAUAUGAUGAAAAUCAGGACCAAGAUGAUAUUAGUGAAAAGCCUCGACCGGACCCCGUUGUUGAAUUGUUUCCAGAUGAGGAAAACGAUGACAGAAAUAAUAUAUCUCCAACUCCUCCAAGUCAGUUUUCAAAUCAGUCAUCCGGAUACGAAAUUCCAGCUCGUUUGAGAACUCUUCAUAAUCUGGUAAUUCAGUAUGCCUCACAAGGAAGAUACGAAGUAGCUGUUCCACUUUGUAAGCAAGCUUUGGAAGAUUUAGAGAAAACCAGUGGACAUGAUCACCCCGAUGUAGCUACAAUGCUAAAUAUUUUGGCAUUAGUUUAUCGUGACCAGAAUAAAUACAAGGAAGCUGCAAAUUUGUUAAAUGAUGCACUAUCAAUUCGAGGAAAAACCUUAGGUGAAAAUCAUCCAGCAGUUGCUGCUACUUUAAAUAAUCUUGCUGUUUUAUAUGGAAAACGUGGAAAAUAUAAAGAUGCUGAACCUCUUUGCAAACGAGCAUUGGAAAUUCGAGAAAAAGUUUUAGGCAAAGAUCAUCCUGAUGUUGCAAAACAAUUAAAUAACUUAGCAUUAUUAUGUCAAAAUCAAGGAAAGUAUGAUGAAGUUGAAAAGUAUUAUCAACGAGCUUUGGAAAUUUAUGAAUCUAAACUUGGUCCAGAUGAUCCAAAUGUAGCUAAAACAAAAAAUAAUUUAGCCAGCUGUUAUUUAAAACAAGGGAAAUAUUCAGAGGCCGAAAUUUUAUAUAAACAAGUUUUAACACGUGCGCAUGAACGCGAAUUUGGAGCUAUUGACAGCAAAAAUAAACCUAUUUGGCAGGUUGCAGAAGAACGUGAAGAACAUAAAUAUGACAAUAGGGAAAAUACUCCUUACGGAGAAUAUGGUGGUUGGCACAAAGCUGCAAAAGUAGAUUCCCCAACGGUUACAACAACUUUAAAGAACCUCGGAGCUCUUUAUAGAAGACAAGGCAUGUUUGAAGCUGCAGAGACUUUGGAGGAUUGUGCUCUCCGUAGUAAAAAAGAAGCUUUGGAUCUAGCAAAACAGUCCAAAGUAAACCAGCUUUUGGCUGUAAAUGACAAGCGACGAUCUAAACAUUUUAAGGAUGAUGCUGAAAAUACUGAAGAGAAAUAUCAAAAGUAAUUCAUUAUUGGAACAAAACGUAUGGAUAUGGCUUAGCAAUUACUUUAUUGUUAUGAUUUAUAUAUGUAUGAUGUCAUUCCGUCAUGUCAUUUAAUAAAAAGUGCUUUCAAAACAAAAAGAAAAA